CAAUCACACAUUUAAAAACACGACUUUCUCGAGCGCGCACGGCUAGCGACAACCACUGUUGAGUUUCUAGUAAAAUCAUUAAAAUAUUCCACAUAAUUUCCAUAAAAUCAUCUGUCUGUCUGCACGAACAGAUUUCAUAACGCAUCUUGACAUUAUGACGCCGCAUGUGUCUCUAAUCUGUGUGUUUUUAUUAAUUUUGUCAGUCUCAUCUUCACAAGCCGACGAUAUGUCGCGACUAGUGUUAUCUACCCACGUACUGGACACGUCUACUGGAAAGCCAGCCGUCGGAGUCUUUGUAGAAUUAUACAAAGAUAAGGAGCCAAACUGGGUGCAAUGGCAUAACACGGCGACCAACACUGAUGGAAGAAUACAGUUCCCGUUUUCCAAGGAUUCCAUGGCUGAAGGGACUUACAAACUGAAGUUCAAUGUGGGAGAAUAUUACGAGAGAAAUGGGAAGGAGUCCCUGUAUCCUUAUGUGGAGAUAGUGUUCAAGGUGAAGGACGGCGAACACUACCACAUCCCACUGCUGCUCACUCCAUUCGGCUACUCCACUUACCGCGGCAGCUAGAGCCUCUUCAUCAUCAUCAUCAUCAUCAUCAGACGGAAGUCCUGGCGUGAAGGGGGGGUGUUGGAUGAAGACUGCACAGUUCUACAGAAUAGUUACCCGGUUUAUUCUCAAACUACAUCGUGAAGAUUGAAUUGAUUGAGGAUUUCUUUAAUAUUAUUUAUUAUUACUUAAAUUCUUGGGUUUUGACUCAGAUCCACCCAUAGGUUCUAAAUAUACAACCAUCUAUAAAGUACCCAUUAUUAAUACAGCCACUCUGUAGACUGUGAGAGUUAUAAUAAGUGUUUUCGAAUGUUUAAUUAAGUAAGCUAAAUCUUUAAGUCCUAACUGCAAAUAAAUUUAUUUCAAAAUGCUA